AUGUCCUCUAACAUGUGUUGAUAAUACUUUGUUGAUGAAAGAAGUCGUAAAAUAGGAAAUUGUUCUUGUUGAGUUGUACUAUGAGAAGUGAACCCAAGUGGUCGUGGGCAGCCUCACCCUUAUUUUGUGUGAUGGUACAGCUGCAGCUAGGACUUCUGUCAUCACCGACGCAAAAGAUGAGUGAAAGUGGUAUCUGGUAGGAGGAUGCUUGUUCCAUCUCGACGCAUAGAUGAGUGAAAGUGGGAGACCGUUGAGAGCAAUGGAAGAGCUGAAAAGAAUUGAAAGGAAUUCGCAAAUAGCUGCAAAAAAUGUCGAAACCUUCAUCAACUGACCGUUAUUAUUCUAAGUAGGUACUUAGCCUAAAAAAGGGAGUGUUAAUACGCGCAUCCAAAAAAGCAAUACCUUUACCUACUACUACCUACUUAUGUCAGUGGUCUGUGUACUAGCGACACCGAGUUUCUUGUUAGGAAACAGCACUUGUUAGUACUCAAGAUUGAGACCACUUGGCAAAUAGAAGUUACAUGACUGAUUGAGACUUGGAAGACAACGAACUAGCUACGCGAGGACCUUGACCAACCUAAGUUAGGUUAGUAAUAAUACAAAACCACAAGAACAAUGUCCUCUUCGCCAAAGGGGCGUAGUCCUGCGGCGAUGAAGACGAGUAGCCCUAAGCGCGGUUCGUCAAAAAGACCACAGAGUCCGAGUGGUAAACCAGCAAAACGCCCAUUGGUGAUGAAACGGAAAUUUAUGAAUUGGUGAUGAUGAUGAUGAUGAUACAGCAAUAGCGAUCGAUCCGAUUAAUAACUUCUUUCUGGAGGUACUACUUCUAGGAUUGUACUAAGUGGAAGCUGUCGCACUCGCAGAGUUUCAUUCGCCUCUUACACUUCAAAGUGAACAAACUACACGGAGAGGAUAAUUUGUUUGCCCUUAUGGCAGUCUGCACUGAACUCUGUGCGAGAUUAAGUAGCAUUGUAUUGCACUCUUCUAACUUAGAUACCAACCGACCUAGCUAUGUGCUUCGGGAAGACGUGGACAACACGGAAUUUUGGGACCGAGUGGCUCCAGAAUACGAUGCCGAAAUUCUCAGCACCAUCGAAGAGGACGUCACCACCACUAUCCGGAAAAUCCUCGACGAAAAUGCGCAGGGAAGUAAAGGUUAUGUUGAAGAGAUUUUUCUUUCAAUGUCAUCAUGGACCUGUCGUCUCAACGUCAAGAAGUGCUAUACUGGGGACUUCCUACCCUAGCCACUUCUAACAAGCACAGGCAAAAACAAGAUUUGAAGUCCUAGUAACAAGUAUGUAUUAAUGUUGUUGUUGGCACGACGUAGAUCAAAGAAAGCGUUUGCCGUGGUCUAAGUGCUCAAAGAAAGGUCUAAGUACUUGAAUCUAAUACCCCAAGCCCCAAUUGGCAGUGGAUUUCGGCUGUGGUGUUGGAAAGUAUCUUCCAGCGUUGUCUGAGCGCUUCUCAAAGGUCAUAGGGAUGGACUUUUCAGCUGGUCUAUUGCACUUCGCGAGGACGAAAACUUUUAUGUGGGAAGACGAGUGAAUGUGAAUAGAUCCGACCUCGCAUGUAUGGUUCUGGUAUUUUUGGUAUAGCCUGAAUUUGAUCAUAAGGGUUCUCUUCUUGUUUUCCCUUAAUAUGAUCAAACUCAGGUUACCAAAUACCGGAACCAUUCACGUUUUUACGUAGACGGGUACAUCAUUUUUUGCAUCUAGCGAAAACAGCAAGUUCAUGAUCUCCAAAGUUGAGUCACCGAGGAAACCUACGCAUAACCGAAUAAAUUGACCCAUCGUCCUUCCCUCGCAUGAAAAUCGUCCUUCCCUACGACCAUCAAAGCUACUCCUACCCUACGUUCAUCACAACGAAGUUAGGAAACGUAACAAUACCGGAUGCAGUCUCGUUGACGGAGACGGCGAAGGUUCUGCAGCUAGUGGGUGGCGCAGUAGCUGAUUUCGGCGUUUGCGCCAACGUCUUAUUGUCGCCUGAAGUCGAUACGCAGAUGGUAUUGAUUUCCGCCUUUUGCCCAACGUCUUAUUGUCGCCUGAAGUCGAUACGCAGAUGGUAUUGUAAUGUUUCAUUUCACGACAAGUGGCACUUGAUGAUCCAUUUAAGACUCUGCAACAGAUACUGAUUCUUGAUCUUGUAGCUUCUAAUUGUACUUCAUCAAUUAUAUUUUUUUUGCCAAAAAUGAACCCCCAAUAGGGCAUCCUCAAAACGCUUUUCGCUUGCAUGAAGCCAGCUGGAAGGGUGUUUCUUUUGGUGCCGGCAUUGGAGUCGCACGUCCUAGGCCUCUGGGCGGUUAAGCAUGGUCCUGGAAAGGAAAGUGCAGAAUUACAAGCUUAUGACACAGAAACUGUUGCUUUGUUGGAAGAUGUUAAAUACACUUACAAAUACUUACAUGUUCUUGCAUUACAAAUAAUAGGUGGUACUAAGUAGUUGUCCUGAACAACUUUUGGAAUGCACGUUGGAUCGGGUACAACUACGCGAAUAAUUCUUAUUCUUGACUCCUCCGACCUCCUCUAACAACCGGAGGUGAAAGUCUACAAUGAGCAAAUCUCGAAGGAGGACGUGCAAAACGGCAUCGUGAAGCGUGGGGAAGAGGGCGUCAGAACACAACACUACGUCAAGGAGCAGAUCGAAGAGAUGUGCAGAAUGGUAUCGAGUUGUUCUAAGAAUCUUCUGCUUGUUUUGAAGUAGGUCUAGGAUCUACAACAUCUAGUAAAUGGGAAUCAGAAUAUUACGCAUAGACAGUCUACUAAGUCUGCUCAGAAGACGAGCCAAUCCAAAACACAUCGAAUACGGGCAACUCUUAAAUUACCAGGUCGGCUUCACCGUGGAACGCACUACGAGAGCAGAAUACAAAUGGAAUUCCGAGUAUGAUUUCGAGUCGCUAUCAAAAGGAGGCAAGUCGCUAGCCACAGGGUUUGGGAAGCUCAAAUGCGGACCCUACGAUUGGAUCUUGGUUUUACGGAAGUAGCAGGUGAGUAGUUCUUGUGAGUUUUGUUAGGCAUUGAAUGUCAAUGAAAAGAAGAAGUUGAACUUGUCUGUUGUUGUAUCGAAAGAAAAUGUAGUAGGACGGACUACCGCUGGCGACCCUGACUGACAAAUAUAGUCGUGAGAGUUACUCGAGAAGAACACAACGUUUUGUUGACCAAUAGACCAGUAGUGGACUUGGGGAACAAAAUAUCAACAGCUGUAAAGAAAUUCCACCAAUUGUCCCUAGAAGUGGUUCGGAAAAUGGCCUUUGUAGAGGCUAUUCUCAGGACCACGGAUUUUUAGACCACUAGAAAAUGUGUGUAUAAUUACCUGUAGAGAUGAAAAGAUACUAGUACAGAAGAAACAAAAUAUUAAGAACGCAAAGAGACUUUUCUUAUUUCUCAGAUUGAAAAUUCUAAUUCAUCCCUCCUGGUCGUGUGUAUGUGCGUAAAGUUCUUGAACCUUGUUCUUGAAUCAUCUGCAUUUGAUAAUGCUAGCUGAGUAGAGACGAGGACCCAUGAAGAAUAGCGGAUUCUUACACACACAAAACGCCUUACGAUGUAGGUUUCAGCCUAUUGGGUUUAGGGUGCAUCAUUAUACCCGAGG